AUGAGAUCCGAAUCCGAAGAUGGAGAGCAGCUGGAAGGCCGCCCGCCUUACCUGCACUGCAUGCUUGCGGGCGGGAUAGGCGGUACGAGCGGCGAUAUGCUCAUGCACUCGCUCGAUACGGUAAAAACACGACAGCAGGGCGACCCUCACAUUCCGCCAAAGUACACGUCUCUCGGAUCCUCGUAUUACAAGAUUUGGCGACAGGAAGGGAUACGGCGAGGGCUAUAUGGUGGAUGGCUGCCGGCGUUGUUUGGCUCUUUUCCGGGGACUGUUUUGUUCUUUGGGAGCUAUGAAUGGAGCAAGAGGCAGAUGUUGGACUUUGGCAUCCAGCCACAUUUGACAUAUCUCACGGCUGGAUUUUUCGGCGAUUUUGUUGCCUCUUUUGUCUAUGUUCCCUCCGAGGUGCUCAAGACAAGACUCCAGCUUCAGGGACGAUACAACAACCCGCAUUUCACCUCGGGGUACAACUAUCGGGGAACAACAGACGCCUUGAGGACCAUCGUCCGCAACGAAGGCCCCUCGGCUCUGUUUUACGGCUACGGUGCCACAUUAUGGCGCGAUCUGCCUUAUUCGGCCCUCCAGUUCAUGUUUUACGAGCAGGGUCAAGCCUGGGCUCGAAAGUGGAAGGAUGGCCGGGAUAUUGGCUGGCAGCUCGAGUUGUUGACUGGUGCGGCAGCGGGUGGUUUGGCCGGGACGAUAACAUGCCCGUUGGACGUUGUGAAGACGAGACUCCAAACUCAGGUCGUUGAGGUACCAGGACAGUCUUCGCCCGUGAUCGCAAAGCCUGCCGUUGUCAAAGACGGACAACAUGGCACACCAGUCGCCGAAGCAGCGAGCCCGAAACUGCAGAAGCGGUUGAUAUCGACUUCGUCGCCCUCGACACACACGCCCAAACCCGGUGCUGUAACGCUCAACACGUCCUCGGUCAUGACUGGGCUAAAGAUCAUCUACAAGAGCGAGGGUAUUGGGGGGUGGUUCAGGGGUGUUGGGCCGAGGGCGGUUUGGACCAGCAUUCAGAGUGGGUGCAUGCUGUUCUUGUACCAGAAUGUUCUCCGUCAGCUGGAGAGGUACAUGCCGAUGGAGCGCCGGGAGGUCGUUUAG